UGGGCCUAUGUAAAAUUUUUCUGAGAGAUAAUGUAUUAGCAAUAUCUGCUUCGUGUGAAAACUUGAUUUUUUUAAAAAGGAGAAAUAAUCUUUUUAGGGUCAGGUAAAGAAAACAGAGUAAAAACCGAGGAGUGCCUCAAAGUGACAAAUAUAUCAUAUGAUGGAUCAAGAAAGUUUAGACCCAAUGAUGGUUGAAGAAAUUUUGGACCCUUUUUGUGACCCAGACAACCCCAAAAAGGUUACAUUUAAAGAUGUCGAGGCGGCUUCAGAUGUAAUCAAGGACGACCUCCUGAGCCCCUGUGUUAAAUCUAGAAUGUCGGAAAUACUGAAUUUGAAGGAAGUUUACUUCAAGAAAGAAUUUCAACAGCGAACAGGGAGUUUCAAAGAAAGAGGAGCAAGAUAUUCUCUUAUGAUGCUUAACGAAGAGCAGCAGAAAAAAGGCGUUAUAGCGGCCAGUGCCGGUAACCAUGCCCUGGCUCUGGCCUAUCAUGGCAAUUGUUUAAACAUCCCAGUGACCGUGAUCAUGCCAACCAUAGCACCAAUGAUGAAAGUACAAGCCUGCAAACGCUACAAAGCCACGGUCGAAAUUAAAGGGCAUGAUAUUUCUGAGUCGAAAAGAUAUGCACAGAAAGAAGGCAAAGAGAAAGGACUAGCUUACAUCAAUGGUUAUGAUCAUCCUCACAUCAUAGCCGGACAGGGAACAAUGGCGUUGGAGAUCGUGAAACAAGUCCCUGAUGUGGAGGCCGUCGUCAUACCCGUCGGCGGGGGAGGACUGAUUGCGGGGGCGGCCGUGGCUCUAAAGCACCUCAAACCAAACAUCAAGAUCAUUGGUGUCGAAGCGGAGAGAUGUCCUAGUUUCUCAAAAGCAAGAGAGGUUGGAAAACCAACAAAAGUGGAAGUUAUUUCCUCUAUUGCAGAUGGGUUAGCUGUACCAACAGUUGGAGUGAAUGCAUUUGCCACAGCCAAUGAAUUGAUUGACAAAAUGAUCACAGUGAAGGAAGAGAAUAUAGAUCUAGCUAUCCUGCGUCUGAUUGAAAUAGAGAAAGCUAUUGUGGAAGGAGCAGGUGCAGCAGGAUUGGCCGCCAUUAUAGAAGGAUUACUUCCGGAGUUGGCAGAGAAAAAGGUGGUAGUGGUACUGUGUGGUGGAAACAUUGACACUCCAGUCCUGGGGCGUGUGAUAGAACGUGGGCUUGCUUCUGAUGGACGUUUCGUUAGAUUUAAGGUGACUGUGACAGACCGACCUGGAGGGAUUACUUUUCUCAUCAAUCUACUGUCAGACCUAGGAGUUGGCGUCCAUGAUAUAUUUCAUGAAAGAGCAUGGCUGAAAUCAGAUGUAUUUUCAGUACAGGUGAAGUGUGUCGUGGAGACGAGAGAUGAAGCUCAUUCAGAGGAACUAAAGGCAGCUCUGGAAGCGAAAUACAAAAAUGUGGAAUGGCCUCAUGUGUAGGAUUGAAGGCGAAUGUGACAGUUUAGACUGUUGUAAUUGUACUAAUUAGACUCGCGAAAUACCGGUAUAUUAUAUACCAUUAGCAAAUUUGAAGAUAAGUUCCAAAAAUAUUUGAUAUAUUAUAUCAAGUCAGAGUUCAUGCCUAUAAUGCUUGUGUUUGCAGGAAUGUUUAAUGAAACUUUACACACUGAUUUUAUAUACCGGUACAUUAGAAAGACGUUCCGCUUAUCUUAUUAUAUUAAGACUUCUUUGGUUGGUUCAAAAGGAUAAGCAUCUUUUUAUCUCUAAGUGCGAUUAAUUAUCAUGUUAAUUUGGAUUUCAAUUUUUCAUCUUUGAAGUGUUCCAGCACUAAAAUAUUUUCUUUACUGCCACGUAUAUGCAUUGUAUCCUUUUUAGUGAACAUUUUGCAAAUGAAACUAACUUGUCAUGUUAUUUAAACUUAAUAAUUAUAUAGGAUUUUCAUAAUUGUUUGUGGGUGAUGUUGAAAGCUGCGCUUUAAUAAAGGAAACAUUUUUA